UCGUGAUUUUUGUUUUAUUGAGGUAUUUUCUGUUCAGUAACGGGGUGUAUGGAUCGACUAUUUAUCAUAUAAUGGUGGCAUCCAACCAUGAAACUAUAGGAAGCACAAUGUUGUUGAGUACGCCUAUUGUGAAUAGCAAGCAUGUGGUGAUAGAGAUUCGUGGCGGAAGCAUGGCUAUGAAUGAACUGUCAUGCCAAGAGCUGCUAUACAAGGUGAAAGGGACAUGCCGUGUUUCCGGUAUAAGGCCCAACGGAUUCAUCACUUAUAGGGACUGUAAGCAGCUGUUGUCUGAUAGUGAUUAUAUUGCAAAUAUUGAUUCAAGGUUUGAAUGCAUUCUUGCACGAUUGUAUCCGGUGUCUGCUAUUAUACUUCAUGACUCCGUCUUGGUUGUUGCCAACGGAAAUAUGAACUUGGAUGGAUUUCUCCGUACCUUGUGUAAUAUCACACGCGAAUAUCACCUUCAAUAUGUGGACAUUACAUCUUCGCGGCGUCAAUGCAGGGGAGGUACCGAUGAUAUUGAGGUGUCUAUUGAUCUGACACUUCCCUUCGAAGUGAAAGUUUUAGAAUGUUGUUAUAACGCUGCCCUGGUACAAUUAAAUGAAGAUAUGACUGCAAUUGAGGAAAAGUUUAAGGUUGUGGAGCAAAUGCUUUUGGGGAAGCGUCCUUACCAAGAAAUAAACAUGGUACUACACAAUUUAAAGCAGCCUGUUGUCAAUAUGUGUGAAAUUUUAAAAGGCUUUACUGAAAUGAUGGAUGAAUUUUUGAAUGAUGAACGCCAAGACAACUAUGCUCUAUACAACGAUUACGUAGACCCCCUUAGUUUACCACGGAAUAGACUGGCAUAUCACUUCCUAGGCAGUAUCACGUGUGUCCCCCAAAGGGCGUCUAGGGUAUGCAUUACUAUCUGUACAGGGCCUAAUGAAGCAAUGCCUUUCUAGUGUUGACGUCACAGUGACAUAAGGAGCCAACAGUAAUCCUAUAAUCCA